AUGAGUCUAAUCGCAUCUUCAAAGGCAAAUCUUCCAAACCUCCGCCGGCUCUUCGUCGAAGCUCGUACAGAUGCCGAGGAGAGCGCUUAUUCGAGAAAUGCCUUUUACAAUAUCGUAUUGUUCAUGUCUUCGGUGGCAGCAUUCAGUCUCGUCGCUCAGCGAAUGAGCAAAACGACUUGA